AUGGAUGCGGCUCUAGAACAGAGUCGCUUGAAAUACCUAAGCUGCAAACUUGCUGAAAUGUUUCUUCCUGAAACGGCGGAAACGCCACCACCACCAAUUGGAUUAGAGCCCGGCACACCUCCGAAGACUUCCAACACUUCUGGGCCUCGUGUGAAGUUUGUUGACGUGCCACACGUGAUAACGCCUUAUUCGGCUGAUCCACCUCAAUCCUCGGGAUCGAUUCUCCGGGUGGUGGAGAGGCCGCUGCGGCAAGGUCUAAGAUGUAGGCACCCCCAAACUCUAUAUGCAAACAUGAAGCCAUAUUUGCGGUGGUGGCACAGCAUGCCCUCCUGCAAAGUACCUAGCCAGGACGUCAGCGCACUCCUGCAAGAGCUACUGAAGAAGUUGGACCAGCUAGAGCUCUCUAGAGAGACACAGAACUACAUCAAGCUUAAAUUACAAUCCAUCGUGGACACCACUCGGGCUGUCGCCCCUUCGCACAGACGGGCUCAGGGUGAGCGGCGGCUGGAAGAGGUAGCGAAUCGCCAGCGGCGACGCAUAGAGCUGAUGGAGCACCAGGCGGUGGACGCGGAGCGAAUGCUUAGUCUACGGGACUCGCAAGCCUUUCAACGCCUCCUCCUUAAUGAGCUGCGGCAGCGCCGACGUCAAGAAGUCCUUGACCGACACUUCUGCCUCCGCCACGACGAACGCCUUCAUGCACUCGCCGCAGCUCGCAAGGCCCAGGAGGAGCAGAUUAUCAAGGGGACUUUUGACGCUGCCUUAGAGAAGGCACGCCAGAACAGAAUCGAGAGGGAUAAUUUGAGACGAGAAGUUAGACAGAAGGAGAUCGAGCUGCAGAACCUUCUCAUAUCAAAUCUUGAAAACCGACAGGAAGAACGCAUUCUAUUUCUGCAAGAUGAACAAAAUAAGCGUCAGGCUGAGAUGGAUCUCCAAGCAAAAUCCAAUAAAGUGGAUAAUUUGCGGGAGAAAAUAGAACUUCGUCAACAGUUAACGCGACAAAUUAAGGAUCUGGAAGAAGCGCUUUUGAAUCAAUUGGAACCCCGAGACCUGAGGGAGUGCAAUGAAAUUCGUGGGAAUUACAAUUGGUCAAACUAG